AUGUCUGAUACAAGAAAUUCACGGUUCACGCCGUCGAACAAAACAGUGACUGAGCGCAUCUCGGACAGCACCGUCGGCCUCGUCGCGCUCUCCGAUUUCCGCAAGCGACGCGCCGAGGUCCUCGACCAGCAGGACCGCGAACGAGAGGCCGCCUUGUCCGGCGCAUCCACCCCCGAUCGAUCCGUGUCUAUGACAUCGGAACCCGCGAGCGACUCGGCAAGUAGCGCGAAUAAGCCAAAGAAGAAGAAAAAGAAGAUUGGCACCAGCAAGCUGUCCUUUGGCGACGACGAAGGGGAAGAGGAGGACUUGGCACCCACAGGAAAGGACAAGAAGGCAGAAGGCGGCGAUGGACACAAGACAGAGAAGAAGACCAAGGUCAUAGCCAACUCGUCGGUGGCAUUUGUGCCAAAGGUCAUGUCGAAAGCCGCGUUGCGCCGCGAAGCUGCCGAGCGGGAGGCGUUGCGCCGCGAAUUCCUGGCCAUCCAAGAGGCCGUCAAGGCCACCGAGAUUGCGAUACCAUUUGUCUUCUACGAUGGAUCCAACAUACCAGGCGGCACGGUGCGCGUCAAGAAGGGCGACUACAUCUGGGUCUUCCUGGACAAGAGCCGCAAAGUCGGCGCGGAGCUCGGCGUAGGGGAAAAGGCCAAUGCACGGAGAGAAUGGGCAAGAGUCGGCGUGGACGACCUGAUGCUGGUCAGGGGGUCCAUCAUCAUUCCACAUCACUACGAGUUCUACUUCUUUGUGAUCAACAAGAGUCUGGGCCCAGGUGGCCAACAGCUUUUCAACUACAGCGCCGAAGCACCGCCCCUAAAGGACGGAACCGGACUCGAGGAGGCGCCUGCUGCCCCGAACGGCGGCCUCACCACCGCAGCAGCGCUCAAGGCUGCUGCGGUCAAGGCGCUUCCCGAUAUCAACACCCUCGAGGGCGCGACCGACGAUCCGACCUUGACGAAGGUGGUGGACCGGCGCUGGUAUGAGCGCAACAAGCACAUCUAUCCAGCGAGCCUGUGGCAGGAGUUUGACCCCGAAAAGGACUAUAAUGCCGAGGUUCGAAAAGACGCUGGUGGGAAUACCUUCUUCUUUGCGAGAUGA